AUGUCAGGCAUUGAGAUCGCUGGUCUAGUUUUUGGCAUUGUUCCGAUUGUCGUUGAAAUCCUCAAGUCCUACCGCACGACCAAGGAACGGCUCCACACCUUCAGAAAGUAUGGACAGGUAAUACACGAUGUGCAGUUGCGCUAUCGCGUCGCAGCGACGAGUUUCACCAACGAGUGCCAGCUGCUCCUGCGAACUGUCAUCGAAGACAAGCAUGAGCUUGCUGGCAUGAUAGACGACCCGCAACACGCCGCCUGGCUGGAUCCGACACUCGAGACGCGUUUCCGUACAUUUCUUGAGCGAGAUUGCACCCUCUUCGAGGAGGUUAUCGUCUUGAUCAGGGACGUGUUGCGCGAUACUCAGGCCGCUCUGGGCGAAUGCAACAGGCUGUGCGGUGGUGGUAUGCAGACCACAACAGCCCAGCGACUGUACUCGGCGUUCAACACCUCAUGGAAGGAAAACCAAUACCGUCGAUGGCUCGAUACACUAGACGUGUGGAACAGUAAGCUGAGCAAAUUGCGAAAGCAGCGAUGCAAGCUGCAUAAGCGGCAAGUGGUGCAGGGUAGCUGCCUUGUGCGGAAGGCUGUGCCGCGAAAGUACGGCGAUGUUCGAGCUGCUUCUCAGAGGCUGCACGAGUCUCUGCAAGAUUCCUGGUCAUGCACAAACAUCUCGCAUACUGGACACCAGGCGCGGUUGUCCGUGCAAGCGAAAGCCGAGCAUGGGAAUGUGAGGCUGGACAUGGUUAUCGCGUGCAGAAAGAAAAUGGUGAAGACCGACAAAACGACCCAACCUUCUUCGUCAGCUCCGCCAAUCUGGUUACAUGUUCAAACAAUCACUACGCCUUUAACAGUCACAAAUUUGUCUGUGCCAGCUACGAACAUGACGGACACCUUGCGAAGAUCGAUGCAAGCAAUGCCGCUUGGUGAGUGUCUUUUUCAGAGCAAGGCAACGAAGCGGAAGUCAAAAAGCGUUCGCUUCGAUACAAGUGGCUCGGAAAGCAAACGACGUACCCCAGAGCCCACCAAUGAUGCGCAGAUGAGUCAGACACAAUCCUUCACUACGUUCGAUUUGAAAGCUGCUCAGAGCGCUAUCUUGAGCAUUCAUAGAUCGAAGGGACAGCGCGAAGCAAGAAAAGUCAUGGAACUCCUGCAAAGUCUCCGUACCGUCCAUCAGCUCACACUCGCGCAUCAAUUGGCCGUAGCAGUCCUACAGUUUCAUUCAACCGCUUGGAUCGCACCAGACUGGAGUCUAGAAGAUAUCUCGUAUUUCCGGGACCCAACAAAGCCUACCGCUGAGGCUAUUGAAGAUCAACUGCAAAGGCUUCACCUUAGUACUCAGUUCCCCUUGGCUGGGGCGAGCGCAGCUACUCCGACGAUACAAGAUCAGGAAGACUUGAAAUUUGUAUACGGAAUAAGGAGUUUGCCAUUAGCGAAAUUGGGCAUCGCACUUCUUGAAAUAGGCUGUCAAACCAAGAUUAGCAGCCUCGCGUCUUCUCCCAUGCCUCACGACGUGAUUUGCGCGAGAAGGGUGCUUCUCGACCCACCUCCUGCUAUCAAGUAUCUAGGCGAACGGUAUAUCAAGAUUGCACGGAAAUGCAUUGAAUGCGAUUUCUCCUGCGGCGACGACCUAAGUGACGAGAACGUUCAAAGUGCGGUCUACACCGAAGUUGUUUGUGGACUAGAGAGUAUGCUUCAAGACUUGAAUAAGUUUCUCAAUAUCAAGUAA